AUGCCUACCUUCGGAGGUCUUCUUAAGAAAAAGAAGACAAAGGAAUCAACAAGCGAAGAGAAGCCCUCUGGAUAUCAACCUAUCCAGUACAAACAAUCACAUAAAGACGCUGCCCAGUCGCCGUCUCAGACCAAGUCCCCUCAGCCCGAGUCCUCAUCCCCAGUCCCAACCGGCAACAAUGUCACCACAGUGACUACCUCCCCAGACCCAACUAACACCAAAACCACCUCGAAUGGUUCUCCGCAGAAAGAAGGGAUGAACAUCGCAAGCCUCGUCAACCCCGAGGGCGGGUCAGUCGAGAGCAAGGCCACGCCACGGCAGACGAAGGGCAAAUACACACUUACAGACUUCGCAAUCCAACGCACACUCGGAACAGGCUCGUUUGGCCGAGUCCACCUGGUGCAGUCUAAGCAUAAUCAGCGAUACUAUGCCAUUAAGGUGUUAAAGAAGGCCCAGGUGGUCAAGAUGAAGCAAAUAGAGCAUACCAAUGAUGAGCGGAAGAUGCUGCAAAGGGUCAAACAUCCAUUCCUUAUCACGCUAUGGGGCACCUUCCAGGAUUCGCGGAAUUUGUACAUGGUCAUGGAUUUCAUUGAAGGCGGUGAGCUAUUCAGCUUGUUGAGAAAGUCGCAGCGGUUCCCAAAUCCGGUCGCCAAGUUCUAUGCGGCAGAAGUCACCCUCGCUCUCGAAUAUUUGCACGCGCAGAACAUCAUUUAUCGGGAUCUGAAGCCCGAGAAUCUGCUUCUUGACCGACACGGCCAUGUCAAGAUCACGGAUUUCGGCUUUGCCAAAGACGUUCCAGACAUCACAUGGACGCUUUGCGGUACGCCCGAUUACCUAGCACCAGAAGUCGUUGCUUCGAAGGGCUACAACAAGUCUGUCGACUGGUGGUCCCUCGGCAUUCUGAUCUUCGAGAUGCUUUGCGGCUUCACACCAUUCUGGGAUGGCGGAUCGCCCGUCAAGAUCUACGAGAACAUUCUCAAGGGCCGCGUCAAAUAUCCUCCAUAUAUCCAUCAUGAUGCUCAGGAUCUACUUGUGCAACUGAUCACAGCCGAUCUUACCAAGCGGCUGGGCAACUUGCACGGUGGUAGUGCGGACGUGAAGAACCAUGCAUGGUUCUCGGAGGUGACCUGGGAGCGCCUGGUCAAGAAGGACAUUGAUGCUCCAUACGUGCCACCUGUCAAGGGAGGAGCUGGAGACGCGAGUCAGUUUGACAAGUAUCCAGAGGAGACCGAGGAAUACGGAAAGAAGAGCGAUGACCCAUAUGGUCAUCAUUUCAUGGACUUCUAA